AUGGCGACCGAAAAACAAGAAACUUCAGUGCCUUUGUAUUCCGUUUCGUCUCAACAAAACACGGCGGAUUCUUACAACUCUAAUAGACCUUUGCAGGAUGAGUUUACGUUUCGCAGUUCGUCGCCAGACUUUAAUGUGGAUUACUCUGGAAGCAUAGAGACCAAUCAGCAGCCAAACGCGGCCGACAGCGAUGCUGGUUCGAAUGCCUACAACUUGGGCAGUAUUUUUAACAAGAAGAAAUUCGCAUGGCUUUUAGAAGUAGACGAUACGGGAGAUGACGACGACAUGGAUAAACCGCUGUUGGAAGAGCUGGACAUUGAUGUGAAUGAUAUUUACUACAAAGUUCGAUGUGUUCUGUUCCCACUUCCAUCACUUGGUUUUCAAAAAGAUGUGUUGAGACAAAAUCCUGAUUUCUGGGGACCUUUAUUUGUUGUGCUGUUGUAUGCAUUGCUUGCUCUGUAUGGUCAGUUCAGGGUUGUUUCAUGGAUCAUCACAAUUUGGGUUUUUGGAUCAUUGUUAAUUUUUCUUCUUGCAAGAGUACUUGGUGGGGAGGUCUCAUUCUCCCAAUGUCUUGGUGUGAUUGGUUAUUCUGUAUUGCCACUGAUUGUAACGGCUUUGGCACUGAUUGUAUUUCACAGUAUACCGUUUCUUAACACAAUAAUCAAGUUACUUGGUGUGGUUUGGGCUUCAUACAGUGCUGGAUCAUUGUUAGUUGAAGAAGAACUUAAGAACAAGAAACUUUUAUUGCUUUAUCCAAUAUUUCUACUGUACAUUUAUUUAUUUUCCCUGUACACAGGUGUAUAAAUAUUCACUGGGAUGUAUUCAGAACCUAUAGUGUGCAAUUAGCAGCACUCUGCUUUGGGGUCUUUUUUCAUCAGGACUCAGGCCCUGCACCUCCCCAUCCCUGACAAAAGAAAUUUAGCAGCAGUUAGUUAAAAUGUUGAAAAAUUAUGGUAAAGAGUUUGUAGUUUAAAAUUUGGCCCAUGCUAAUCUGUCUCAUACUAUUGAUAUGCGAGCUAUCUUUUUAGAAUUUUAAUGCGAUGAAAAGGGAUGAAUUAAUUUUUUUCAGUAUUUACUGUCUACCUCAUGGAAUUAUGUAUUAUAGUAAAUCCAUAGACGAUGGAAGAUUGUUAAGUGGGAGGGGGGAGGGUGCUAAGAUUUAUAUAUUCAUAGAAUAAGUAUUGAUCU